CUCAUAAAGGCGAAUAAUACUGCAAUCAACUCUCCGAAGAUGAACGAAGCGUACAUCAAUGAAGGCAUGGACGACGAAGGAUCCUUGGCUGAAGCGAGUCAGUCUCAUGUUACUUCGAACUCACCAGAGGAUGGCGAAAAGAUUGUGAUUGCAAAUUCAGAGAGCAAGCAGGUUUACUAUCUCCGAUCCCUACUCGUGUUGGUCCUUGUCCUGGUGGCCGCCGGGGUUUCCACUGCCGUCUUUCUGUUCGCGCGUGGAUCGGAACAAAAGGACUUUGAAACUCAGUACUACGACCAUGCCCUCAAAGUUACGUCUUCCUUUCGAGCUAAUGCCAAGUUGAGACUAGGCGCCAUUGAAUCAUUUGCUGUCAGCAUCGCAUCUGGCGCCAAAGCCCGAGGCGAGACUUGGCCUAUGGUAACCACCCCCGACUUCGAACGCAAGGCCCAAUACAUUCUGGAACUGUCAUCCGUUAUUUCACUCACCAUCUUUCCUUUAGUGACGACCGAAGACCGCCCCGCAUGGGAAGACUACUCAGGGAAAAGCACUGACUGGAUCAUACAGGGGCUGGCCUACCAGGAACAACACAUAUCGGAUCACUUUGACUACGAGGCGGAAAGGGUGGUUCUGGACUACGUUGACUUGGUCAUGGACGGUCCUUUACAGAAUGGCCAGUUGGUUCGUCCAUUCAUCUUCAACAUUUCUCGAGAAGGCAUCGCCCCUGCACAAGAGGAAGGGCCAUUUUUCCCGUGGUGGCAGUUUGCGCCUAUUUCGCCUGUGCUAGCUGGUAUCAACUACAAUACCAUGUCUCUUCCAACGCGUAUCCCAAGCCUCGAGACAAUCAUGGAGACUCAGAAGCCUAUGGUGACAACUGCGUGGGAUUAUUCCAACGUGGAAGACCCUCGCAUCAAAGGGAAGAAGGCCAUGUUAGAUCUGUAUCUCCUCAGGUGGCAGAAUGGAGGCAAGAAGUAUCAAGAUGGCCCUGUCAGCGACCUGUACUAUCCAAUCUUUGAGUCUUACGAGGACGAACAUUACGGCGAGCUCCCUGCGGACCAACGCAAACUUGUGGCCGUCAUGAACUCGUAUGUCUAUUGGCAGGUGUACUUUGAAGACGUGUUGCCAGACGCGGACAAUGCUCAGGGAGUUAUUGCCGUCUUGGAGAACACGUGCGGCCAAGAGUUCAGCUACGUCUUGAAUGGUGCAUCUGCCUCCUAUUUGGGGGCUGGAGAUUGGCACGACGCGAAGUUUGACGAGUACGUGGUCUCCACGGGUUUUGGGGCUUUCCUUGGCGAAACGGACUCGAAGUUCGAGAACAAGUGCAUCUACAACGUCCGAGUCUAUCCGUCUCAAGAACUCCAGGAAUCCUUCAAGUCGAAUACUCCCCUAAUAUUCACCAUUACGGUUGUUUGUUCCUUUAUUCUUGCAUCCGCAAUCUUUGUGCUCUACGAUCUCGUCGUGGAGAAGCGACAAACUGUGGUCAUGAAGAAGGCGGUUCAAAGCACCGAAGUUGUCCGAUCUCUAUUUCCCGAGACAGUGAGGGAGAGGCUCUUCGAAGAAGCAUCUACCAAAGAAAGGGGCAAUUUCGUUGCUCGUGACCAGGAUGAUGCGAGCAAAGAGCAUGGCCAUCCAAUAGUAGCCGAUCUAUACGAGAACUGCACUGUGCUAUUCGCUGACUUGGCCGGAUUCACAAAGUGGAGCAGCUCUCGAGAGCCCAGUCAUGUCUUUGAGCUCUUGGAGGCCAUCUAUGGAGAGUUUGAUUCCAUAGCCCAGCGAAGGAACGUGUUCAAGAUUGAAACGAUUGGAGACUGUUACUUGGCCAUAACGGGUGUCCCUCGCCCCCAGACCAAACACGCAUUGAUCAUGGCUCGCUUUGCUAGUGAAGCAAUGGAACGCAUGAAUGAAGUGAUUCAAUCCACGCUGGUGCAUACACUGGGGGAGGAUACUGGUACCUUGAAAAUGCGGGUUGGCCUUCACUCAGGAGCCGUGACGGCGGGUGUCUUGCGUACCAGUCGGCAGCGAUAUCAACUGUUUGGCGACACAGUGAACACUGCCUCCAGGAUGGAAAGCACUGGUUUGCCUGGAAUGAUUCAGGCCUCACAGGCUACUGCUGAUCUUAUCAUUGCUGCUGGCAAGGUUGCAUGGGUCUCACCAAGAGAGGGUGGAGUGGAAGCCAAAGGCAAAGGGGUCAUGACUACUUUCUGGAUCACUCCAAAGACAGAAUUGACAUCAACUGAUUCCAUGGUCUCAGAUAUGUCAAAUCCUUGCCAUCACAUUUCCAGUGAAUUUGUUUUGAGUUCUGACAUCGCCAGUGUCACCAAGAAUGCUGAAUGCUGAUUGCAGUCAAACCACCAGCUUGAGUUUUUGCACCUUAGUUUGUGGAGUUGUCUCCAGAAAUGUAAGUGAUGGGGCAAAUCUAAUACUACUUUAGUUAUCACACAGAUUCCCUUUC